AUGAUAACCCAAAACCCGCUCCCAAACCUCACCUUUGAACCGAUGCACUCAUGCGAUCUGCAGGAGGUAAUAAAAAUAGAAAACGAGUGCUUUGAGGAUCCAUGGAGCGAAAUCUACUACAUGUUAUCUCUGAAGCGACCCCGGUCGUACGAAUAUUUUUACGUGGCACGGCGCGAGCAUACCAUCGUCGGCUACAUUGUGUUCAGCAUUCUCUAUGAAGCAGCACACAUCCUGAACCUCGCGGUGCCGACUGCCUAUCGGCGACAAGGCAUCGGCAAAUACUUGCUCACUUCAGCCUUAGAAAUGAUACAGGCACAUGACGGACGCGAAGUUUUCUUGGAAGUCGCCGUCAGCAAUCUACCUGCACAAUACCUCUACCGGCAGUUCGGGUUCCGCAUCUGCGGCAUCCGAAAAAACUACUACGGACGUUAUAAAGACGCUUACGUUUUCCGAAAAGGAGUAGAAACUCAUGCUGUUUAA